AUGAUAUACAAGCAUCCUUAUCAAAAACGUUCCAUGAUGGAACGUAUUGAUAAAUGGCGUAAAUUGAAAGGCGUUGGUGGUUUUAGUGGUUUUUCUAUCCCUCCAUACAUACCAAUGGCGCAAAUUAAAUUUUCGCCAUGUGAACACAUUUUGAGUGAUCAUUAUAAGUGUGAGGAAGAAAGAGCAAAGAAAAAGAAGAAGAUUGCUUCUCAUUGGCAGAGAUUGGAAGUAUUGAAAGACGUUUCUACUGUUGAUAAAUUUGGAGACUUAUUAAGGACUGCUUAUUUGGAGCGUGGAAUUAAUAUUGAACCUCUCUCUCUCGAUCAAGGAAAAGCAUACGCAACCCAAGAACAUUGCAUGUUGUUAUUUUUAAAACAAUUCAAUAUGGAAUGGAGUAAGAUUGGUACUUUCUUUUUUGAUAGAUCCAUCAACUCAUUAAAGAAAAAGUACAAGAAAUUGAAAAGAAAGAUUAAUCGUGCCAGAAUGGAAGGAGCGUAUGACGUUUCAGAUGCAACAAAUUUUAUCAUUCAAUGGAGUGUCGAUGAUUUAACCUUUUCAGAAAUCACUGAUAGUAACACCUUUACCUCUACUGUAUCGAUAACUUUUCCAGAAACAUGGACAAAUUCUGACCAUUACCACAAAAUGAUUAUGAAACUUGGUCAAUUAAGUCCAUCCAAACCCUUACCGUUAAGACAAGCACAACCAUCAUCGAACAAGUCCAAUGUAUCAACGACUCCAGGAGAACCUUAUUCACAGUCGGAAGAGGAUUUAAUUGUGACAUCCUUGCGGAAGGGAAUGAAUUUGGAACAAAUUUACCGAGAUUACUUUACACACCGAACAUUUCACAACCAACGAAGAAGAGAUUGA